AUGUCCCUCCUCCAUCCUGCUAAGCGUCUCCGGCUAUCUCACCUCCAAUCCACUCCCCGUCGUCGCCGUCAUGCCUCCGCCGCCUUCUCGACCCAACCCUCACCCCAAAAGCAACGAACAUGGCUGCGAGUUACAAUAGUCACAGCGGUAGCCGCUGCCAUUGGCGCCUACACUCGAUAUGAAGCGGACUCAGGCACCGCAACCCUAAACCCAUACACUUUCACACAAUAUGAGCUGGUCUCCAAAAUCCCCGUCUCCUCCAGCAGCAGCAUCUUCACCCUGCGCCCAGUGAAGUUGGGGGACAAUGACACGUUUUUGAUCCGGAAAGAUCCCUAUGGAGAGGUAUCUGGAUACCUGCACGGGCUGCCGGUGGGUGCGAAGCUGGAUCUCCGUGGCCCCCGGCUGGAUUACAUCUUGCCUGCUGAUGUGCAGGAGAUCCUGUUCAUUGCUGGUGGGACGGGGAUUGCAACGGGUCUUCAGGCUGUACACGCGUUAUUCAGAAACAACGACGGAUCGGACUUGAAGAAGAAGAAGAAGAAAAUGCAUAUACUGUGGGCUAAUCGGCGGAGGGACGAUUGCCUUGGAGGCGUCAGUGACAGUUCUUCCCGGCGGCCGACCACUGGUUCAUCGUCGUGGUGGAAAUGGGUUUUCCGCACGAGUAAUGGGGCCCCUGAAAAAAGGCAAAUUCAGCGGAACGACAUUGAGAAGAGCGUUACGGUCCAGUAUCUUGAAGAGCUAAAGGCUCAAUAUCCAGGCAUGCUUACGGUUGAUUACUUUGUGGAUGAGGAAGGGACUCUCAUUGGAAAGGAUGCAAUAUUGGGGUUUACGGAACCUGAAAGAGCAACAAGGAGUCCUGGUGGUGGGACAAAAUUGAUUCUCAUCUCUGGGCCGGACGGAUUUAUAAGUUACCUUGCCGGCCCUAAGAUGUGGAGUGGAGGCAAAGAAAUCCAAGGCCCGCUCGAAGGUCUUAUACGUCAACUGGAUUUAAAGGAUUGGUCGGUCCGGAAGCUUUGA